AUGGCAGCUAUAAUUCCACAUUCACCUUUUCUCCUACUACUCUUCUCCCUCCUUGCCAUCUUCUUUGUCAUUCCCAUUCAAUCCCAAGUCCCAGCAAACCAGACCUUCAAGUUCAUCAACCAAGGCGAAUUUGAAGACGGAAACGUUGAAUACCAUUCUACUUACCGUGUGAUCCAAACCAAUGCAUACACCUUCUAUAGACACCCUUUCAGGCUAUGCUUCUACAACACCACCCCAGAUUCCUACGUAUUCGCCAUCAGAGCCGGAGUUCGGAAAGACUUAGGCCUCAUGCGGUGGGUCUGGGACGCAAACCGGAACCACCCAGUGCACGAGAAGGCCACUCUCUCUUUCGGCAGAGACGGAAACUUGGUCCUCGCAGAGGCAGAUGGGACUGUUGUUUGGCAAACAAACACAGCCAACAAAGGUGUCACAGGCAUCAAGUUACUGGGAAACGGUAACUUGGUUCUUCAUGACAAGAAUGGAAGAUUCAUAUGGCAGAGCUUUGAUUACCCUACUGAUACUCUUCUGCUGGGGCAGUCAGUCAAAACUAAUGGCCGUAACAAGCUUGUUAGUCGAAAAUCUGAUGCCGAUGGCUCUGACGGGCCAUACAGCCUUGUUCUUGACCACAAAGGUUUCGCUAUGUACUUGAACAACAGUGGAAAACUUCUUGUGUAUGGGGGGUGGCUAGGCAGCGACUAUGGAAGUAUUGUGACCUUUGAUUUCGACACUGAGAUUGGCUUCGACGAUUUCAUUUAUUAUGAGUUAGUGCUCACUAUAAACCAAGACGUUCAUGCGCCGCCGCCUCCUCCACCACAAAGCCAUAGGCACCUCCUACAAGUCCGUCCCAUUGGCAAUGGACACCAAAUCAACCUUAACAAACUCAACUACAAUGCUACAUACUCAUUGCUAAGGCUUGGGUCCGAUGGCAGUCUCAAGGCCUAUACUUACUAUGACAAAGUGAGUUCCAAUACAUGGGAAGAGAGCUUCUCAUUCUUUUCAAGCUAUUUCGUUAGAGAAUGUGGAUUGCCAUCAAAAUGUGGGUCAUAUGGGUAUUGUAGUGGGGGCAUGUGCGUGGGGUGCCCUACCCCGAAAGGCCUUCUGGGUUGGAGCAAGGGAUGUGCACCUCCAAAGUUGGGGCAGUGUAAGAGUGGAGCUAAAGUGGACUACUACAAGAUUGGGAGCGUUGAGCACUUUUCGAGUCCUUAUUUGGACGGUGGAGAUGGCCCGAUGAAGGUAGGAGAGUGCAGGGCCAACUGUGAUAAGGACUGCAAGUGUUUAGGGUUCUUUUACAGGGAAGAUAGCUCCAAGUGUUUGUUGGCUCCAGUGCUUGGGACUCUUAUAAAGGGAGUGAAUACAUCUGUCGGUUACAUCAAGUAUUCAAAGUAG